CACUUGUGACCACAGCCCAGCCGCACACGUUCGUGUCCUGGCGCGCCCAUGAGUCGCUCGACCAGUCACACAAACAACACGACCCAGUAGCCUCCCCACUAGCAGUGCAUCCUCCACGCCUCGACCAGCGCCCCCAGUGAUCGUGACAGUGCUGACGGGCUGCUUCGUGCUCCUAUCGCAUCGCCUUUGACCCUCCCAUCGCCAUCGGCCCAUCGCUCGACAUCUCGAACGAACGAUUGAUUGCUGCCUCUCUACAACUACUUGCCCCCAACGCCCCCCACCUUCCGCGACAAUGUCCGCCACCGUCGCUGCUACCUACCCGCGUGACCACCCGCGUGACUCCGUCCCCGAUACAGUGCCGCAGCAGUUCACCGAUGACUCGGGCGCCCCGGCCACCCUGCCCGACGUCGGCAGCGGCGGCGAGGAGUCCAAGAUGAAGAUCCUCCUCGGUCUCCUCAAGAGGCUCGUCGGCGUCAAGGACGUAGCGAACCUACACGACAGCCGCCUGUCCCUCCCCGCCUCGCUCCUCGAGCCCAUCCCCAACCUCGAGUACUGGCAGUACGCUGACCGUGCCGAUAUCUUUGCUGCGAUCGGCGACUCGAGCGAUGACCUGGAGCGUAUGCUCGCCGUCCUCCGCUUCUGCUUCUCAAAGGACUUGAAGUUUAUCCGUGCGCGUCUCGGCAAGACGUACAACUCUACGCUCGGCGAGCACUUCCGCUGCUCGUGGCGCGUCCCGCCGCUCAUCGUUGAUAAGAAGACCGGCGCUCCGAUUGUCCGUACCCACAUCCACGUCCCCAUUCCCAACGAGCCCGCGUACGGUGGCCAGGGCGGCAGCGGAUGGUCGACCCCUGUCCUCCGUGCCGAGGACGGCGGCAAGGGCAGCGAGACUAGCUCCAUCAAGUCGGCUUCGUCCAAGAAUGGCAAGAGCACAAAGCUCCCCAACCCCUCCACCGCGUCGUUUGACAUGUCGUCGCUCCGUCAGGUCAUUCCUGGCCCUGGUGACGAGGUCCUUCCCCGCGAACCCGAUGCUGGUGUCAAGGAGAGCGAGAAAGUCACGGUCGUCUUCCUCUGCGAGCAGACCUCGCAUCACCCCCCGGUCUCGGCUGCCUACUACUACUGCCCGGAGCGUGGUAUCGAGGCCGUCGGCAUUGACCACAUCCUCGCUCGCGUCUCCUUCCCUUCCGUCCGUCUUGGCCCCGGUACCCAGAACAAGGGUAUCUUUAUCCGCAUCCUCCGCGAUGGCCCAGGCAAGGGCGAGGAGUACCAGAUUACGCACCCCGAGGCCCAGGUCAACGGUAUCCUCAAGGGCGCGUACUACGGCACAAUGAGCGACCAGGUUGCCGUCACUGUGCGCGGUGGUGACGGUGCCACCCGACUGCGUGUCCUCUUGGACUACAAGGAUGAGUCGUGGAUCGGCAAGCCCCGAUUCCUUGUCGAGGGUGUUAUUUACCGAUACAAGACGGGUGACGAGGAGGCCGAGUCGUGGAAGAAGCCCAAGCAGGUCCCAUCAGAUAAGGUGGUGGCCACGCUCGACGGCAACUGGAUGAAGGAGAUCCGAUACAAGCUCAAGGGCGAGAAGGAGUGGAAGGUGCUGCUCAGCCUCGACGAGCUCGCCCUUAUCCCCAAGGACGUGCGACCUGUCGAGGAGCAGGACGCGCGCGAGUCGCGACGACUGUGGGACCCUGUUACCGUCAAUCUGUUGGCAAAGAACUGGGGCGAGGCGACCAAGCAGAAGCAAGUGAUCGAGCAGCGCCAGCGUGACAUUGCGGCCAAGCUCAAGGAGGACGGCAAAGAGCACGAGAUCAUUUACUUUGAGAGCGAGUACGAGGACGGCCGCCCUAGGCUUACGGCUGAGGGCAAGGCCGCCGUUGACGAGGAGAUUGCGCGUGUCACGAGGACGGUCGCGUCGUCGUAGAGCGGUAGAGGGAGAAGAGAGGACGAGAGGACAGAGGAGAGCAUUGUAUGAUAGCCAUCUGGACGCGC